AUGCUUAGUGUAGAAGCUGGAGUAACAAAAGCUCAAGAAGGCUUUGGGACCUAUAAAGAUCUUGAAAGUGAAGAUUAUGAUAUUAAGGUGACUGACGGCGGAGAAAACCAAAACUGUAACUUUCGAUCAUCGGCGUUGGAGAUGCUUUUGGAAAAGGAGUCUGAAUCAAGUGAGUGUUCGCAGUCAAGCGCAAGUUCUCCUUCACCUUCAUGUUCAGAUGGAAGUGAAAUUGUUGUUAUUGCCACGCCGUCUGAACCGUUUUUUGGUGCAGUAAAUAUGUGUCCAAAAGUUAUCACUACGAUGCUCCUUCCUGCAACGGAUGUAAAACCUUUUUUAGGCGAACAGUAUUACAAGGAAGAAAAGGACAGUAUUUCAGAAAAACGAUGCUUGUGUCGUGCUUGCCGUUUUAAUCGUUGUGUCGCUGCCGGUAUGAAUCCUUUGUUGAUACAAGUGUCUCCGCACGAUAUUCCCAUGGUGGAACAUGGAACCAUGAAAAUUCUUGACGAACUUUUGAAAGUAGAAGCAAAGUUACACUUUCUAAGGAUCUCUACUUUUUGCCCAGAAAAAAAGCCGUUUACACUGGCAAAAUUACUACAGUCUCCCAAUUUAGUGGACGAAGUUUCACAAUUCCAAAAAGUGGAAGAUUGGGGAGCCAGAAAAACCAUUUUCAUACCUCUCGUCAACGGUACUUUAACAAGACGAAGCGUGGGGUUCAAAGACUGGCAUCUCUGCGACUUGGUACUUGCUGUCGAAUUCGGAAAAACAUUUUCUUUCUUUGCAGACUUGCCACUCUCAGAUAAGAUUGCUUUGAUAAAAGGGACGGCAGCAGCAGAAUCCUCAAUUGCAGAUUCAUUUUUUUCUUAUAAAAGGAAUGCAAAUACACUAAUACUUCCAGAUGGAGAAAUUCCAGUAAUUACAGAGCCUAAGCCCCCCGCUGUAAUGUGUUGUAUGAUGGCGAAAGGUGUUGAAGUUUUGAUUCGUUGUCAGCCGGACGAAAUAGAAUACGUGCUUUUACGAGCAAUUGCAUUUGCUAAUGACACUGCUGAAGGUUUGAGUGUGAAAGCACAGGAUAUUAUAAGACGUGAAAGAGAAAAAUAUGUCAAGCUUUUGUUCAAUUACCUGAUGAAAAAAUAUGACACCACAAAAGGAGCCACAAAAUUUAUGGACUAUAUUGGUGCGAUAAACAGCUAUACAGAAAUUGCGGCUAAACGUAAAGAGCAGCAUUCGUUAAUUUUGGCUCUGUUUCGCCCAAAUUUGUCUACACAUCCCCAUAAGUUCCUUGAUGAAACCCUGGGUUGA